GUCAACGCCACGUUCUUUAUCCGGUAGGUAUUUGUCGCUUUCUUGUUAUCCAUCUAUUUCCUGCUUGAUAACCCAUACUUACUAAAAAUGUCUUUCGAUUUCGAAAUGUAGCGGUGACCAGGUUGCCAAUAAUUCUGCAUUGCUCAGCAACAUUACCGAGAUGGGCCACCAGCUCGCGAUCCACGCUUGGAGCGACGUCGACUUUGAGCAGUUGAGCGACAGCGAUAUUAGGUCCCAGAUUUCCAACACUUCCGACAUCAUUUUCCAAUACGCAGGUGUACGCCCUCGUUACGUCCGCGCCUCCGAGAGCCAGUGCGGAGAAGAAAACUGUCUCCCCAUCAUGCAAGAGCUCGGUCUGAUCGCGACGGAUGUCAAUGUCGACACGAACGAUGGAAAGUAUAACAAGAAAUCGGCUGACAAGUCAAAGGCAAAGCAAGAUAUCCUAAACCUUCUCAAGAACAAGAACAAGGGCUGGCCCUCGCUCAUUGUCUUGCAGCAUGAGUACCAGUUCACGAUCGAGCAGCUUGUGGAUUAUGUGUACGAAGCUGCUUCGAAGUACAAGUUCGUGACCUUGGCAGAGUGCAUCGGUCAACCCGCCUACCUGGAUGACUCCACAGCUACGAUUACCGCAACGGCGACAUAUAAUUCGACGGCGACUGCCACGGUGCUUGCUUCUCCGACCGGUCUCUCUUCUGCUACCGUCACAACGAACGCUGCUGCCCAGUCAACAACAACUCAGAAAGUGAGCGCGGCUGGUGGAGCUGUUCAGGUCGCAGCCUGGACUUUGGCCUUGUCCGCUGUCAUCGCCUUUGCCAUGGUCUAAAUGAGCUAUUCCCUUCUUUUAUGCGUAUACAUUUCACCUACAUUUUUUAUGACACCUUCCUUUACCAUGCUUGUACAGUAAUUCAUGACACUCAUAAGCAUUUGAUAUAAUAAAUAUUAUCAUCAUUCUCUAUCCUAUAUCAUUCAUUACAAAAAGAUGCAUGCCUUUGUAGUUGCAAACCUUGAUGAGAACCGAAAAGAAAGAAGUGACUCAGGGUUUUUGCCUCCGCGCGUAGUUUUGUUAGCUCCCAAUCUCUUUCUG